AUGCAUGGUUGUAAACGUGACAAGAAUCUGGAAGACGAAUAUAAAAAUAUGAUUAUUGCUGAUUUGUUGAUGCCUGUCCUAAGCGAUAUAAAUGGAUAUAGAAUUCAUUAUCGAAGUUUGCCGAAAGGUGGUGGAGAAAAACUUGUGAUUCAAGAAGAUUCAGUUACUAUUGAAGAGUACCCGUCCGGUGUUGUUCGGCGUCGACUAACUGCAGAUUUUCCAUUACUAGAUGCAUUUUGGUGUGAGUUUCCAAAGACUUCUGAUGAUGAUAGACCUCUGCAUGGUGUUUGUCUCAUUGGUCACAAAAAGCUAAUAUUUGCUCCCAGUAAUGAUUGGAUUUUAUAUACCAUCACAUUACCUUUCACGGUUAAGCGUGUGCUUCGUGCUGCUAUUGGACUGGUUUUACAACGAGCUCCUCCUUUAUUAUCUCUAACUCCAAAUUUCCCUCACUUAUUUUCAUUAUCGCAUCCAUAUUGCGAACUGUUACCAAUCAUCUGCAAAAACAAAGAUGGUGAUGAUUCGCCUCAUUAUUUGUGGGAUAAUGCAGAGAUAUUGCUGUUGGAAGCAUUUAAUGGUUAUCCUUUGCUAUUAACUUACUCAGCACUCACACAGCUACAUUCACUGUAUUGGAUACGAAAAGCGUUGAUACCAGAAUGGAAAUGUGCAGCAAGCAAAGCAGAAAGUUUCGUCUCUAGUCGAGCAAGUCAACUUUCAACUCCAAGAUUGAGCUGCCAAACAAAAAGUCGUUCAGGACCAAAUGAUUCGUUUGUACGAUUACAGAAAAGACUGAUAUUAUCAGAUGACACUUGGGGUACUCCUCAAUCAAAAAUAGCUCGUACAAGAUCUGUAACUUCAGCUGCUGCACUGAUGCAGUCAUUGCCAUUUCCAACCACUAGUCCUGCUCAGCGUUCUAACCGAUCAAUCACAGAUUCGCCUAUCAUUCGUCUGCGAGGAGGAAGUGCUCAUGUGACUCCUCGCAUCAGUUCAUUUUGUGAUGAUAGUUUGAUUUCUCUGAUUGAGACUCAGGGUUCAGAUAUUGAUCUUAUUGCGCCGGAGAUCUGCAUAGAGUGCAUAUGGACAGAAAGUCCAGAGGCUGACCUGGAAGCAUGUGGCCCUGCAUCAUUUUCAUUUACUACAGAAGAUUUUACUGGUCAGCUAUAUGCUUGCUUUUAUGUUGCCGAACAAAGUCUUCUGAAAUGUGUUCGUAUAAUAACACAUGGUGAGCAACGAAUAACCGCAAGUUCAUUUGUUGCUAUCGCAUGUAAAGGAGCUGCAAAUGUUGAGGAUCGCAGAAUGAUGGCAGUAAUCGAUUUAGAAGGUUGUGUAAAUCUUUAUAGUGGUAUUACACGCAUUGGCUCCUUGUAUGGAAAUUAUGAAUUCAAAUUCACGAAUUCGCACUUUCAGGAGAGACUAGAAAAUACGCACGGUUUAUUUUUGUGUGGUCCUGUCGAUGAAAUACGUCCAGCUUUUGUUGGACACAUAAUUCUGAAAUCACAGAAGCCUGAAUUGGUUUUGUGUAAGUUGCCGCCAGUUACAUCUUCAUCUUUCGUAGCCGAAUGUUUUACGCAACUUUGUUCAAGUUUGCCGCAGGAGAAAGCAAUGCAAGUGUCAUCAUUAUGGCACACCAGUAAUAGUUCACGCUUGCUUUCGAAUUAUUAUAAUGAACGUGUUGCCACAGAAUUUGCUAUAUUUCUGCACUUUAUUCUCAUUCAGUGUGGAAUUUAUAUUCAUGAUUUUCCUGUCUUCCGUGAGGUAGAAUCUCUUCGACAUCGUUCUGAAGAAGGAAUAUGUGAAAAAAAGAAACGCUCUCAACAUUCGAAGCAUGUUGGUAUUUGGCGAAAUCUAAAAAAGUUGUUCAAUUGUCAGUGGUGGGAUUUUGAUGGUUCCAAAAAUGCCGCUGCCAAAUGUUAUCAUGUGUCUAUUAACGAUGAAGGCACUUUAUAUCAACAUUCAUUGGCGACAUUCUUCGAGCUGCAUAAUAUAUAUGAGAAUAUAAAAUUGGAUAGGCGAAUGAAUUCCUUACUUUUUCUUUUAUGCUCAUCACUUCAUGCCUUUUCUGGGUGUGGUAGUCAGAAAAUGCUUCAAAUACUGCUUAAUACUCAAUUUUUAUCGCACCUUAUACCAUCAUGGCAUGACAACAUGGUACGAAUUUUGAAAAGCGGUGGAGAUUUAGCAUUGAUUGAGUCAUCACUGUUUGUUUCUCCCAUUGGAACUAUAAUCGGUAUUGGUCUCAAGAAGAUAAGGAGUACAGUUGAUGCUAAGAAAGUGUUGGGAUUAUGUUAUGAGCAAAAAUUGGGACUUAAUGAAGCAGGAACAGAGCAAUUUUCUGAUAUUUUGAAUCUGAACUGCGCAGCAAUUGAAAAGUGUGAAAAACUGGUUCAGUUGUUUAAAAUUACAAAAUCUUCUUUGCUGGAUAUUCCACCAGCUCUUGCUAUAAUUCUAUGUGAAAUAUUUUAUGAGCCUUCGACCAAAACCUUGCGUUUUUUCACUCCGAUCACAUGUCACACAGAUCGAAGUGUUAUGCCCACUCCAGAAGAGCUUAAUUCAAUUACCAAACGACGUUGGCCACGUGAUUUGCGUUGCAUUAAUGUUAUGCAAAUGUUGGAUAGUCGUCGUCCUAUUUUCUUACCAUCAAGCAGUGAGGCGUUAUCAGAAACAAAUCAGCGGGAAAUGGCUGAACUUCUUCUAAGAUCUUUCACAUUACGCAAUGUCACUCAUGCUUUUGGACGUGCAGCACUUAAUUUUUGCUCUACAAUUCCUCUUUUAAAUCGACCGUAUACUAUACCACCGCUCAAUCUUCAAGGCCGAUUGCAUCCUGCGAAUGCACCAAUUGAAUUAAAUCCAACCGAUUCAGUGAAGUCGUUAACAAAAUGGGGUAAAUUUUACAAUGCUGUGGCUGCAGGACUGUCUAUUGGAAAUGUCAGAAAUUUAUAUCUUGACAGUGAGUGGCUUUCAAUGAGCAUAACUAAUUUGCAAGGAGCAGAAGCUGCUGGUUUGAUGUAUGCAUUCGGAUUAAAUGGUCAUAUAACGAAUAUGAAUUUGUUCAUGAUACAUGAACUUUUAAGUCGUGGUGAUCCUCUCAUGAGCAUUGCAGUUUUACUAGGAUGUGGUAUAAGCAGGCGCGCAACCUCUGAUGUACAGGUGCAUAAAAUGAUGAUUACCCAUUUGCCAUUUAUGAUGGGUCCGACAUUACUCGAACUUCACAUCGAUACAAUGAUUCAAACUGCAGCAUUAGUAGGGCUUGGUUUAUUGUUUGCGGAAUCAUCCCAUUUGGGCAUCAUUAGUCAGCUAAUAAAUGAAAUAGGUAAACCUUCGUGCUCAGAUUGUGAGCCUCCUGCAGUUGACCGAUAUUCUUAUUCUCUUGCGGCAGGUUUUGCAAUUGGUCUUAUUGGAUUAGGACGCGGAGAAGAUAUGCUAUCAAAUGUGCCGUUUGUGAAGCAGUAUCCGAGUAUAUCAUCUAGACUUGUUAUACUUAUGCAGGGUGGACUACGAACAUUAUGUGUGUUUCCAUCUAAUGCUGCAGAUUUGUCUGAUGUUUCCAACGUUGCUUCCACUACAACCACUUCACCGUCAAAUCAUGUUCGAGAGUGUGAAUUUGUCAAUCCUCAUUUGACUGCAAGUGCAGCCACUGUUGCCCUCGGUUUAAUGUAUCUUAGAACAGGAAAUAGAUGGGCUGCAGAAUGUUUGAAAAUUCCUGAAACACUGUCCUCUAUUGAGAAAAUACGUCCUGAUCUUAUCACGCUCAGAACUUUGUGCAAGCAUCUUGUUUUAUGGAAUGAUAUAACAGCGACUGGAAAUUGGGUGGAAAAUUCAGUGCCAUCAAUUGUGCUGCAGUAUAAGCAUCGUUUGUUCUGGACGAAAUUGAAUGAAUGUGUUAGUGAAGAAGAAAGCGAACAAUCACGAUCUCUGCAUGCAGCUGUUGAUAAGCAAACUAUAGCUCAGGCAUAUUUGAGUAUAGUGGCUGGUGCUUGCUUGGCAAUGGCAAUACGUUUUGCAUCAACAUGGAACUCUGAAGCUUUCAAUACUAUUUGGCAAUACAUUAAAAUGGUACUAUCCGUUGAUACAUUACAAAUUCGAGGUAUGUUUGGAUACGCAGCCGGAACUCAAACUUGUUCUAAUGUGCUCGGUAUUCUUGUUAAUGCGUUAGGAAUUCUUAUGGCUGGCAGUGGAAAUCUACAAGUGUUGCGUUUUUGUCGAUAUCUUCGUUCGCGUGUUAUUAUGCCGGAAACUCCUGUUGAUCAUAUGGCACAUAAUUUACAUGCUGCCACCAGUACUGCGAUUGGGAUGUUAAUGUUCGGGCGUGGGAGAUAUGUCCUCAAGACGGAUGAUUUAUCGGUCGCAGCUUUGGUGAUUUCAUUCUUUCCAGUCAAUCCUCAUGGAUUAUUUGAUAAUCGGUCGCCACUUCGAAUGCUGUGGGUAAUUGCAGCCGAAAAGCGAUUGCUGUGUACAGUCGAUUCGAGCAGUGAAGAAUUAGUAGAACUGGAAGGGUCCAACAUUGUAUAUCCAGAUGUUCUCACUCUACAUACACCAUGCGUUAUUCCAGAGUUAAAUUUAUUAACUACCGUCGAGAUAGGCGGACUAGAAUAUGAAAAACAAAUUUUCGAGUUGCGAUAUGAAUCGGAAGUAAAACGGCUGAAAGAGAUUUUAAGCAAGCAACAUGGACGACUUGUAGUGAAUUAUUUAGGGCUGAAAGAGCGUAAACUUAUUGCCUCUACAAUAAAGCAAAUAUAUGAUGCCAAGGAUGAUGCGAUGUUGAAACCUAUACGUUUGCGUCAUUUGUUGAAUGCUGCACAGAAAGAUAUGGAGCUUCGCGAGCAAUUCAAUUUUAGUUUACCAGAACUGAAUAAUUUAUUCGAAGAUAUGGAAAAGCCAGACGAAACUGAUUACAGCAGUUGGAUACAGCAUUUCCAGUUUGAUAAUGGCAGUAUUUCUGCCUAUGACUACGCUUUUUCAUUUAUUAAGGAUAUGCUCCGAAAAGAUUCUUUAAAUUUCCCUUAUUCACAACUGAGGCUGCUCGAUAUCUUUACGGAAAGAAGUCAGCCUAAUAAAAAUGGUGAUUGGUUUAUAACUUCGAAUGUUAUCCCAAAGGAACUUGUUCUAUCUUUGACAUAACG